UUCCACCAUCCAUUCACCUCUAUCAUGUCUGAAUUGGACUUGUCCGACUCAGACUGGCUCGAAGUAUCCAGCAUCCACAGCUCUGACAACGAUUCCCUUAGCGAUAGCUCACGAUGCAGCGAACGCGGCGGUCUUGCGUCGCUGCCACUGUCCCGUCGCUCGUCCAUAAGUCUCGGGAGUUCUGCUGAUGACCAGAUCGAUGCAUGGGAGGGCUUUGUAGAGGAAGGAGGCACAGCCGAUAGCCCAGGACCAAGCUCGGAGACACUACCCGUGACGGAGCUCAUCCAUGAUGACCACGACCCCCUGGUUACCGCACUCGACCAGAGCCUCGUCGGCACUCUGAGUGCUUCACGAUCCAGCUCCCUCGGUGCCUCUUCCACUGUUCAGAACUCCCUCCGUGAUCUGAGGUUAUCGUUUCCCGAUCCUCUCACCAGUUCCCGCGAUGAACUCCAGCGCUCGUACGAGACGGUGCCAUCCCCCGAUAUCUGUAUCACGGACGAUGUUCCCAAUUCGCCGAUGACCACAGUACUCGGGAAGGAUGUUGAUUUCACUGCCGCCGGAGAUGCCCGCGAUUAUCAUGUCGCUCCCGAUGUCCAAGUCAUUUCCCUCAAGGAAUACAAUGUUGUGCUGUACGGCGCGCAUGACUUCGGCACUUUCAUUUCAUGGCUUCUCUCCGUUAUGGGUGUCCGCGAGGGUGCAGAGCGGUCGGUGGAUAGCAUCGCUUUCGACCCGAGUCCUAGCGUCGAAAGGCCUUCGAUCGGUAUCUUAUCUCUCCAUUCUUCAUUCUCCCGCAGUCUUCCUUUGCAUUCUCUCUAUAUUCCCGCUAUAUUUCCCGCCCAGAGCGACGAGGAUCUUCUCGAGCUUCACUCGAAAGCCGUCACGCGUUGGGGAUCUCUCAGCAUCCCCGAUUCACAUAUCCUCAGGCUCAUAGACGCAGAGGGAGCUCAGAUAUUCGUCGAUACCCCCAUUUCUCGACAGUCUGUCCAUUCUGCAUCUGUCCAGCGCCAACUCGAGCAGAUGGUGCGGUCACCUCCGAAGAAAGGACGGAAAGGGUUCGAACAAUUGAAACCAGCGCACGGAGUGACAUUCGUGGCUCUGCUCUCGUUAAUCAUGGGCUUUGCAGUCCAUACGGCCUGGCGCACAGCCCAUCCUCCGAGUCCAACAUCGGUUGCGACCGCAGUCCUUCCUGUGCAACCCACGUCUACGAGCUACUACCUCCCGGUCGACUCGCAGCCCCACUCGUCCCUAUCUCGAGCAGCUGCACCUAUGAUCACGACCGCGCUAGUGCCUUCGACUCUGAAGGAGUUUGCGCUGGCAGUCUUCAAUCCUCCGAUUCAAUUUGCGUCCUUGUCUUCUAGCGCAGCUAGUUCAAUGCCUAGCAAGUCGGCGACCAUACGUCCUGUAGCGUCGAAGGGGGCUCAGUCCACCACCGACGUGAUCUUGCGUCCUUCGACCUCGUUGGCCAAAGUUGUCAACUCUAAAUCCGUCCAGACUUCUACGCCGCCCAGCUCUCCUCUUUUACUCGACGCGCCGCAGGUGGCAGCUUCUCUGAGCCUCAGAGUGGCCGGUUCCUUGUCCGAGAUUGCGACUGCGGCGAUGAAAGCUCUGGAGGAAAUCGUCGGUCCCGAGUUCGGAGAGAUUGUCUUGGCCAUCGACGAUCUCAUGCGUGCUAUCGGACGGCAGACUACUGCUAUCGCACAGACUUCGAGGGCCCGGGCCCGGAUGCUGCGCCAUGUGCUCUCCCAGCGAAACGAACGGGCCAAAGGCAAAGCACGGCAGCUCAGUCAGACAUUGGUUUCGACUGUCGGGAUCGAGCUGAGGGCUCGAGCUGAUCUGGCAAGGAGCAGAGCACAUAUGAUCAAACACAAUUUCGUGGAGUCUGGUCUCUGGCGUUCCUAUAUCCAGGCUCAUGGAAUGUGGUCUGACAAGCUCCAUGUGAGCCAGCCGCGAUCUGAGCGACGCCGAGGUCCUACUUUUGCUCGGCACCAGAGAGAAAGGCGCUGACCUCCAUGUGAUAUGAUCUCCGUUAGUACGAUAGGUAGGUAGACAAUGUAUGUUAUGUGUAUGAAACUAUGAAUUGUAUGGUCAUAUGGA